CAUUAAAAACAAGUCAUUUAAGUAUAUAAGAAAACCUCAUAAUUAUGAUAUCUCUUAAAUAAAAUAAAAUACUCGUUUCGUUAAACUACUGACACAACACUAUUUAGAUUAGUUGUUUGGAUAAUAAGUGAAAACUAUUUUUUUAUACAAUGAAGCUUUCAAUUAGACUUUUUGUGCUGAUUUUGCUUAUAAUAGGCAUUAAUGCAUUGACUGAUGAUUUUGAUUUGUUCAGUCAAUGUGAUCGCACCAUCAGCUCUGGUGUGGCCACAUGUCUGCAGUACUUCUCUCCCAUCAAAUUUGUUACCGAUUUCUUGAUCGGUAAUAAAGAGUCGCUUUGUUGUACUCAUUUUAGACACACCGCUUGUAUUGAAGGUGUGAGAGAUGCGGCCAAAGUGGCCAAAGCCGCCAAUUUAUGUCCGGACUCGAUAUCUGAUGAACUAAUCUCAACAUUGACUGAUUCAACAGUAAACACUUAUAUAAGACAUUCAUGUAAAGGAUUUAAUGCUGGAAAAUGUGUUAUGGAUUCAGUGGGUGAUGUCGUCAAUACUAUUCAAGGAUUUUUUACACCACAAACAUCACAACAAAAACCAGUUGUACCACAAAUCCUACAAACUGUUCCCCAAUUGUUUAAUACAAACGGUGGACAACAAAACAUAUACAUCAGUGACAUACCAUACCAGACAAACAAUGUUAAGCAACCAAAAGUUAAUAGCAAUUCUGAGUUUAUAUUGAAUCCGUUCAGAGAGAUCUUCAAUCCCAAUCCUAAUCCCAAUCCCAAACCAAUUGAAUCUCUUCCCAAACCAACGGAAAAUCCUUUAAUUAAUUAUUCUGUUCGUGAUCUUUAUAACCGUCAAUAUAUAUCGGAGGCGUCCGAUAUUAAACCCAUUACUCAAGAAGUUAAUAAAACUAAUUCAUCUAUUAAUGGUCCGAUGAGUACAUUAAUUAGUGGUUUGUUUAAUCCCAUACAACAAGAUUUAACCAAAUCGUUAGCAAAUAAUAAAAAUCCAUCGAUUCUAGACUCUAUUGGAAAUAUAUUUAAUAAUAAUAAUAAACAAAAUAAUUCAAAUGAUUAUGAUUUGACACCAUUUUUGUCUAAUAUCUUCUCGGAUUUUAAUGACACCAACAAUGCAACUGUUGUUAAAGAUAUAAACGAUUUUUAAUAAAUAUUUAU